CCAUGGCUCCCACAUUGCGUGCUCGUGAUUCUAAGGCAAGCGGUUCGGAGAAUCGCCCCAAGAACGAGGAUUCUCUUCUUAUCAAGCGCCAGAAGCAGAGGGAGCGAAUGCGCAAGCGGCGGGCUAACAUGUCACCGGGUGCCAAGGCCAGGGAUGCGGAACGGAAGCGGCGAGAACGAGCGGCAGCGUCACCAGCUGCCAAGGCCAGGGAGGCGGAACGAAAGCGACGAGAGCGAGCGGCCGCGUCACCGACCACCAAGGCCAGGCGAGCGGAAAAAAUACGGCAGCAGCGAGCGGCCGCAUCACCGAACACUAAGGCCAAGGAGGCAGAAAGAAGGCGGAAGCGGCGAGUGGCCAAGUUGUUGAGCACCAUGGCCAGGGAACUGGAAAGAAGACAGCAGCAGGUGGCGGAUGCGUUACCAAGCGCCAGGGUCAAGGAUCCAAAAAGAAAGCGGCUGUCGCCGCUACUGACGCCCAGCAGCGACUGCGCCAACACACUGAAUGGCCUGAACCUCGCCAAUGAGCCCACUCUUGUAGGUCCUGCGGCAAUUAGCGACGACAUUGCCCUCCUGGUGCCGAUGUGCGAGCCUGAAGAGAUAGUAGUUGCGGUCAAUAUCUUGGACGCCUAUUUACUGACUCACACUGAUUCGGAGACUGGUGAUGUGGAACUCUGCUCUCCUCAAAGUAUAGAGGAGGAGUGUGGCAUUACAGUCGAGGGCCCCAACGUCCCUUCACUGCUUUAGUCACCUUAUUGUGUGCAGGGCUAGUCUAGCGCCGUAUGAAGUGACCCACAGGGACCAUUGUGGGGGCUGUGGCAUAUGUGGUGGACACGUCAGCAGUGACUAAUACCAUGAGAUGAGAUGCACAAGCACGUGCACUCCCCGGUGAAACUGCCCGAGUGUGGCAUGAUGCGACCGGUGCUUUCAAAUCUAGUCAGAGCAUGAAGUGCCACUGGAAUCUGCUAUUGGGGGCGCUGUACGCUUGCCCCGACUGUGGCCUGUCUUUCAACUAGAAAUCGCAUCUCUGAAGCCACAGGGGCAAGCGGCCGUUCCAGUGAAUCCGGUGCAUUGAGCACUUCACCGAUCUCAGCCGUGUCAAGAUGCACUGGUGUGCGGUACCUGCGGGCAAGUACCUGUACUGCUGCUCGCACCGCAAAGGUCAGUAGUGCGGUUAGCAGUGCGGGUACUCGCCCUUUUUUAGUUUUUUAUUUAUUUAUUUUACUAUAAAUGGUGUGUGUUUGCUUUUUACAAGAAAAAUGAGGUAGUUGCGUCUUCAGUCUUCGAGUAAUACCUGUGUUACAUGGGCACUUCUGAAAGGCUAUUCAUUCAAUGGCCGUUGAAAUUCCUUAACUCGAUCGACACAAUGGAGGUGUCACACUGCUACAUGCAUGACCGAUCAGGAUCUUGAAUGGUUGAGAUGUUGAAUGGUUCAGGUAUUUUUCGCAAGAGUUCUGAGGGUCUGCGUUUUCGUAUUCGUGUCACUGAAAGGUAAAUCUACUUUAAAACAUGUCUGUUUUUGUUUAAACAUUACAAUGAACUGUUCAUUUGGCAUGAACACAUAUUUAGUUCUUAAGCUUUAGAGCUGCGAAACUGUGGUGAGCGGUAUGUUGUGUCAUGCGACCUCUGGUGUCACGCCAUUGUAUAAGCAUGUUGUGCUUCCUGUCAGUGCUGCAGGAUGGAGUCCCGUCUUAGCGGGUGUCUGCUUUUUAAUUUUGUAACUGAAAUGCAUGUGGCGACCUAAGUCACGUGACUUGUGUCACGCUGGCCCAACACCCCUUUUUGCUCUCCUUAAAAACUUCAUGCAGUAAACUGAGAACACACUCUAGUCUCGCUGAAUGUUCUGUUUCAUGUCGUCUCACAACGCCCUCCUGUUGCUAGGCCUUUCUGUCGGUUUGCCGUGGGGCGUGCUGCACUUCUGGCAAUACAACACGAUACAUGGAAGGAUGGUAUGAUGAAGUCGAGCACAUUGCUGUUGUCAAGAAUAAUAUUCAGUUUGCACAUUUAAAUUGGUGAAAAUACUUUGUUAAAUAGUUUACAAUGCUCGCAUGUACUUAUUUUAAAGAAUCCUGGUUAGCUUCCUUUUUCUGGUCGUAAGCACAAGCACAUUGUUAAUGCGAGGACACUUUUACAGUUACUGCUUUCUUUGCUCAAUGGCUAUUGAAGUUUGGCAGAGUUGUGUGGUGCUCCAAGACUAUUGACUCAAUGGCCUUUGAAACGUCCCCUGUGGCAGUUCGCGUAUGAUCGUUGAGUCAAUACACUAUUAGCCGGAAGGCCAAUUGUGCACCCAUGUGACACGGGUAUAACCUUUCACCCACCAAAGCAAUUCAAGGGCUGAAUUAAUCAAUGCCGUUGUCGCUUUGAUGUCUUCAUGUGGUCAUGACAGGGAAGAAAACGGCACUCGAGCUGAUAGACAGGAAACUUUAUUGGGUGAACUUUGGCUAAGCCCAGGAAACAAAAAGCGAAAGUACAAGCGAUACGCCCUGUACACUGAUAACAGUGAUCACAGUGUUGGCCGUGGAUAGGCUGGUCGGGGCAAAGGUGCAUUGGCAUUUAUAGGUGCCCCAUCAAUGAUUCCAGACUUAUUAUUGGUGGUCGCAUUCGUUCAAGAAUGAAAAGCACUGGUUUUAUUGUGCGCUUGAACUUAUCAGAACAACUAACGUAGGGUAGUGUUUGGGACCUUUACUAUUUCUAAUAUAUAUAAAUGACAUCGUUAACGAAAUUUUUCCCCCUAUUCAAAUUAGGCUAUUCGCAGACGAUUGUAUAGUGUUUAACGAAGUUUGUUCUCUUAAUGAUUAAUUAAUGCUUAAUUCUAACCUUCAAAACAUCUUGUCGUGGUGCG